AUGGGAGCCGCAAUGCCCCUCGUGGGCCGAAGUCUCGCUAUCUUCAUCGUCUCAAUUGUGAUGAUGUUUAUUUCCAUUGUGACGGUUGCAUUACGAAGUUUUGUGCGAGUGAAUAUCCUCCGAGCGUUUGGCUGGGAUGAUGCUUUAAUGGUUGCUGCGUUGAUUCUUUUUACACUAUUGAGUAUUUGCGGCAUAAAUGGGGCAAUGAAUGGGGUAGGGCAUACGCGUACGGAUUUUCCCAGUAUGGAGGUUUAUAAGAAAGCACUUGUGUGGUGGUGGCUUGCUCAAAUGCUCUACGUAUGGGCCUCAGCAGUUGCGAAAAUAUCAAUUUCCGUUGCACUUCUCCGGUUGGCUGUCAAAAAGUCUUACCGACUGAUACUUUGGAGCAUUAUUUCUGUCGUCAUUACUGUCGGACUUAUGUUCUGGCUUGUGCUACUCUUGGCCUGUAAUCCGAUCUCCCACUUCUGGGAACGAGUGGAUGGAACUAGCAAGGGAACAUGUCUGUCCAUGUCCACAAUUUUGGAUAUUACCUAUUUCUACAGCUGUGUGGCUAUAUGCUGUGACAUAGCACUUGGCCUGUUACCCGCUUUCCUCGUCUGGAAACUGCAAAUGAAUAGCCGGAUGAAGUUUGCAGUAGGAGGAAUCCUGGGGUUAGGGGCCAUUGCGGCUGUGGCAGUGAUAUGCCGGCUUCCAUUUCUACGAUUCUAUACCGAUGAUAAUUUCCUUUAUUCUACCUACCAAAUCGCCAUCUGGUCUCUUAUUGAGACCGGCCUUGGAAUUACAGCAGGCAGUCUCAUCACUCUUCGGCCUUUAUUCCGCUGGAUCCUGGAUGCAAAUUCGACUCAUAGUCAUAAGACACCCCGUCAGGGAAAAUAUUCAAAGCAAUACCGACUGUCCAGCUUGCAAAGUGAAGCCGCCAGAGAAUCGCAAAACACGAGAUACUGGCGCCCUGAUGUCACCCCCGACAACAACAAGAGUACAAUUGUCGCAGUCUCGUCGCAGCGGAGAAAUAAAUUGAGCAUUAGCAACAGCAGUCAGGAAGCCUUGUACCCCGAGCCACUCUCGCCAAAUCAUGUCAAGAUACAGAAGACCUUUGUACAAACAGUGAUAGAGGGGAAUAGAUAG